AUGGCACGGCAUGGCGUUUUAUCUCUUUUUGGCCUUCUCGUGUUGGGCACAUUUGCUGGUUUGGGCUUCACCUUGCCUCGAUGGCAAGGAGCUCCGAGGAUACGGAUAUGCCGCCAGGCUGCUCAGAAGGACACCGACACAUUUGCGCCUCACAGCGCGGUGAUGUUUGCCUCAGGGGCCACUCUGGGUCCUGCCCUGGAUGGUGUUGCCCAUGGCAAUUUUGGAGUGCUCUCCUACCAUGUGCCACCACCGGUGCCGAUCAUGCUCGGAGCCUUCAAACUUUUCUCUACUGCAAUUUGGGUGCCACCCCUGUUCGGCUUUGCGGGCUUUUUAAUCGGCAGCCUCUACUGGUGGAUCGAUGACUUCUUGGAGAUUCCAGAGGCGAAGCGCUGCCCGCGUCGGCCCCCAGCUGAAGGGUCCCAGGUGGUUGCUCGAAGUUGUUUUGUCUCUCCUCCAGACAUUUGCAGCUGUGACACUUUUUGCUGGAAACUAUGCGGCGAGUGGCUUCCUGUCUUCCAACCACCUGGGAGUAGGCGUCAUAGCGGCACUUCUUGCUGCCUGGGCAAUAUUGACCUGGCGUAUUUUCGACGAUACACGGACUGGCCUGAUCGUGGCAGCGAUGACAGCAAUUGGGGGAACACUGAUUGA